AUGAGGGAGGGCAGCCGCAGCGGCGGGGCGCCAAACGGCGCCUCGGGUGCAAGCGCUCCCGGGCGCAGCGGGCCUUCCGCGCGCCCGGCGUCGUUGUUUCUCCCCUCGAAGAACUUCCGCCCCACGGGGUCUCUGGCGUAUCUGCAGACCAAGUCGCCGUAUCUGUACGCGCCUUCCUUCCAGGUGCCGCUGCCGCGCGUCCCCCUUGCACCCAAGUUCUGCACCUACUCAUUCAGCCGUGACAAAGUCUGCGGCAAGCCUUCGUCUCUCGAUGCCGCCGCCGCUACGCAAUCCAGCGAAAAGGCCCCGCCUCCGCGGAAUGCCGCGGCGCCGUCUGCGCCUGCCGAGGAGGAGCUCGAGGACGACGCCGGCGCGAGCGUGUUCGAUGUCGCGGCCUCGCUGCAGCUCCUUCAGGAGUUCGACGUAGCCGGCCUGCUCCCGAACCUCAUCAACCCCAAGGGAUACCCGAACCUCCUUGCGGUGCCGCCGCCACCCGUCAGCGGCGCACGGACGCCUGGUUCCCGCCCGAUUUCCACGCGGCCCGCUGCCGCCUUCGCGUUCCAGCACCUGCCUCCCGAAGACCUCGCACUUGUCGCCAACGUGCUGCCUGAGCUCAAGUCGCAGCGCGCCUUGCUCGCGAAGCGCGAGAUCCGAAAGGCCGACGGCGAGGGCGAGGCAGAGGACGGACGCGGCGCCGCCGCAAAGAGCAGCGGCGACGAAUUCGGGAAAUCCGAGGAGCGGAGUGGAGGCCUCAAGGACGAAGCUGGCGAAGGCCGCGCAGACGCCGCCUUCGGGGUGUACAGACACCCGCGCCACCCCCACCUCAGGCCGAGGAGGAUUUUCUCCGUCGUCCCCCAUCGGCGCCUGUGCGGCAACGACUACCUGCCUGUGGGCAUCGACUUGCCGGCUGCCGAGUUGGAGGCGUUGGAGGCGGCGGGCGCCUCCACGGAAAUGCCGCCUGCGCUGCUCCUUGUGAACGAAACGACGCGGACGUCGGUGUCCUACGCGUACUACACACGGGCCGCCGAGGCCGCCUCGCGGUCGCCGUCUGCACCCAAAGGCGAGGAGGGACGCGAAGGAGACGCGGGUGGCGUCAAGCGAGAAGAGAGCGAGCACGACAAGGGCGACGCCUGGCCGCAGACGAAGGGGGGUGACGGCGGCGCGCCGCUGCAGGCCAAGUACCGCUUCGCGAGAGACUACUCGUGUCCAAUGCUCUCCAAGAAAAGUCCGACGGCGACUGAACACAGCUUCCUGCUGAUUCUCCCAAACGCCACCGCGGACGCGGAAGCCUCGGUGGAGAGCUUCGCGUACGUGGUGCCGCUGCACUCGCAGCGCCGCAUCCUCGUGAAGGCUGGAGGCAACGUGCGCCGGCCGCGGCUCACAGUCGUCGCGCGGCCGCCCACGCAGGAAGAAGAAGAGGGUCGCGAGGCGAGGCGGGCCGCCGCGUGCGGGAGAGGCCGCGGCAGAAAACGAGGCAGAGAGUUCAGCGGCGAGGAGGACGCCUCGGACUCUGAGGAGCUCGAGGGCGAUGAGGAGCUCGCGGGCGAGACGGAGCCCGAGGAGGCCGCGGAGGGCGACGCGGCGGAGGGACCGGAGAGCCGCAAACGGCGUCGAAAAGGCGCCGCGGCUGAGGAGGGAGACGGGGGCGCAGGCGCAGACGGGCUGUUUGACGACGAGGAGGAAGAAGAGAAGGAAGAAAGUGCGUCCUCUUCGAGCAGCGACAGCAGCAGCAGCGAAGACGAGGGCGAGGAGGAAGAAGAGGAGGACUCUUCCGAGUCCUCCAAUGAAGAAGAGUAA